GUACUUCCCGGAAGUGCAGUGGGGACACAGGCCCCAUCGAUUGAACACAAGUGCUCACAUAAGCACUUACUAAUAAUAAAGCUGUGUUUGUAUGUCAUCUUCAUGGGGGCCCACCGCUGACACAUAUGGAGAGUCAAGAGGAAAAACCCAUCAUCUAUACUAUGGAAAACAAGCCGAUCGUGACAUGUGCUGGAGACCAGGGCUUGUUUACGUCGCUCUACACGUCAUUGGCCCAACAACUUCCUAGGGAGCCAAUGGAAUGGAGGAGGACGUAUGGCCGUGCACCAAAAAUGAUCCACCUUGAAGCUAAUUUUGUCCAAUUUAAAGAGGAGCUCCUCCCCAAGGAGGGCAACAAGGCUCUCCUCACCUUCCCCUUCCUCCACAUCUACUGGACCGACUGCUGUGAUACGGAGGUAUAUAAGGGCACAGUGAAGGAGGACGUGAUGCGCUGGCAGAACAGCUUGCGGGGCCACGGCUCAGUAGACUGGGUCAUCAUCGUCGUGGAGACCAACGAUACUAAGAAGAAGAACAAGACCAACAUCCUGCCUCGCGCUUCCAUUGUGGACAAGAUCCGAAGUGAUUUUUGCAACAAACAGAACGACAGGUGCGUGGUGCUAUCGGAUCCUCUGAAAGACUCGUCUCGCUCUCAGGAAUCCUGGAAUUCCUUAUUACUCAAGCUGCGAACUCUCCUCCUGAUGUCCUUCACCAAGAACCUGGGUCGAUUUGAAGACGACAUGCGGACGCUCCGAGAAAAACGCACCCAGCCCGGCUGGAGCUUCUGUGAAUACUUCAUGGUCCAGGAAGAGCUUGCCUUUGUUUUCGAGAUGCUGCAGCAGUUUGAAGAUGCCUUGGUCCAGUAUGAUGAACUUGAUGCUCUUUUUACCCAGUAUGUCCUGAACUUUGGAGCUGGAGAUACAGCUAACUGGCUCGGCUCGUUCUGCGCCCCGGUGGGCAACUGGAGCGGCUUGCUGCUUCGGCGGCCCAUUGACAUGGAGAAGAGGGAUGGGAUCCAGCGAGGGGAGGCCAGCCUGUUGGAUCUGAGGAGCUACCUUUUCUCCCGCCAGUGCACCUUACUCAUCUUCCUCCAGAGGCCCUGGGAGGUCACCCAAAGAGCACUGGAACUGCUGCACAACUGUGUCCAGGAGCUACGCCUGCUCGAGGUGUCGGUGCUGGAGGGGGCACUGGACUGCUGGGUGUUCCUCAGCUGCUUGGAGGUUUUGCACAGGAUCGAGGGUUGUUGUGAUCAGGUCCAGUUAGCAUCAAACUGCUCCCAUACUGUCGGGCUGUGGGCUUAUGCAACUGACAAGCUGAAGUCUCUGGGGGAACACUGUGGCCUGGUGUCAGAGGAGGGACCCACAUCUGAGGACCUGAACAGGACUGUAGAUCUGCUGGCUGGACUGGGAGAUGAGAGACCUGAGACUGUCAACAGUUUGCAGAGCCCGUACAAAAAGCUAAAAGAGGCUUUGUCAUCUGUGGAGGCCUUUGAAAGACACUAUCUUGAACUCUCCCAUGCAGCUAUGGAGAUGUACAGGGCCAUUGGGCGGCUACGGUCUGCCAGACUGGUGGGGAAAAGCCUGGCGGAGUUUUACAUGAGGAAGGGGGACCCUGAGAAAGCAGAAAACUUCUUACAGGAAGCUCUGAAGUCGUAUGUAUCAGAGGGGUGGAACCUCCCUGUCACUCACACCAGAAAACAGAUCGCGGCGUGUCAGAAACUGCUGGGCAGAACUGAAGACUACCUGCAGACUAGUGCCUUGUUGGCGGGUGACGCAAAUCUGACCACAGAGGAGAGGAAACACUUUUGUCAGGAAAUUCUGACCUUUGCUGCCAAGUCUGGCGAUUCCUCCCAAAAUGUUACUCUCAGCAUGGGCGUGUUUGCUCACCUCACACGGCUCCAGUUCCACCCAGCGACUGCGUCUGUGCACUCUGGAGCCGUCCUGCAGGUGGAGCUCACUCUGAGAUGUUUGAUGCCCGUGUCCGUGCACAUACAACAAGUAGCUGCUAGCAUUCACUUUGACUUGGAUCACGGAAGGUUGAAGGCUUUGCAGAGACAAACAAACCCAGGGACAGUAGAGUUUAACCAAGGCAGCUCGUCAGCAGGCCCCCCCUCCUCCUCGGCCUCGGGUCCUGCUUUAGAACUGGAUGAAAUUCACGACAGAAGUCCGUCAGACAAUUCCCUCAAUUCUACAGGAGUGGUGUGUAAAAACACUCACCUGAUCAUGCGUCGUCAUGACAGCAGCUCGCCACCAGACACGCCCAACUGUGUCAGUCCUGCUGUUCCCAUGAAGGAAGGAGCGCAGAUGCUGAAAGUGCAGGAUGUAAUGUUAGAACCUGGGAAUAACAGAAUUACCUUCACAGCACCAAGUGGGCAGCCUGGGACUUACACAUUGCGUCAGCUGUGUGCCACAGUGGGUCAGGUGCAGUUUGUGCUGCCUCACAUCUACCCAUCAGUCCAGUAUGAAGUGUAUUCUCAGGAGCCACAGCUCACUGUGGAGCCGCUCUCAGAGCCGCUGUUAGCCGGUCUGCCUCAGAUGGUGAAGUUCACUCUGUUGACGGGUCACUACACUGUGAAGAAAGGAGACGCUCUGCAGCUCAGCAACACAGACACCAUGCCCAUCCUGCCCUCCAGCAGCUGCUCCGCCCGCAUCAGCAACCCUGCGGCUGAGUUGCUGAGUGAAAGCGUCCUCUCCAUCCAGUCGUCUGAGAAGGUGACCAGCAUCAGCCUGCCCCCGACCCCUCCCUACCACACCCUGGAGUUCCAGCUGGAGGUCCUGUGCCUCAUCCCGUCCGGGUACGACCGGCCCGCCAACGAGAGGCUGACCAAUGGGGAGGUCCGCCAUCGACCACGCAGCUACAGUCAUCCUGACACGCCCAUGACCGCCAUCGACCAGAGGAUGUCUAUCGACUGUCCCUGGUCGAUUUACUCCACGCUGCUCGCCCUCACCUUCUACAUCCCCUUCAAGACCAAACACUCACUGCUUUCUGCUGGAAACAGGAAGUACAUCCAGGUGUGUGUGCAGAAUGUGUCAGACGUGAACUUCACGCUGGCAGAAGUGAAGCUGACAGAGAAGCAGCAUGAGUCACUGGAGCUACAGUCCCUGACCACUAAAGCACAACAGCUUUUGUGCAGUAAGCACAGUGUGUUCUGCUUGUGGGAGGUGAGGUGGAAGGAUGACCUGCCUUCCUGUCUCCAGUGUGUUUUCUCUGCCAACUUCUCUUUAACCAACCAGGACGUCUCCUCCCUCAAACCUUUCCAUUACCAGUUUCAGCUCGAGAGAGUCACUACGUUGUACAGUGUGAGAGCUGAGAUCCUGCCCCCUGCUGGUGAACAGCACUGUCGUUCUGGCCUCCUCUGUGGACUGGAGGUGUGUAUAACACGACUGACUGAACCUGCAGAGGGGGAGAAUGCAGAGGAGAGCAAGACAGACACUGAUGGACUCAAAACCACCAAACUCAUGUAUGAAGUGGCUGACAGCAGCAGUAACUGGGCAGUGUGUGGGAAGAGUUCAGGGAUGGUGUCGAUGCCCAUGACGGCCAAUGCCACCCACAAGGUGCAGAUCGAGGUGAUGCCUCUGUUCGCAGGACAUCUGCCCUUCCCCAAAAUCAAAGUACUGAAGUACCUGCCCCACACUGCAGCUGUGGCCAUUCAGCCAGACCCUGACAGCUGCGUGGAGAAUGACAGUCUGUCCCUGCUGGACAAGACGCUGGACGACCAGGGGGACACAGCGAGCAUCCGGAGCCGGGGCAGCGUCCAUUCUGUGGGCAGUGCCGACCAGCAGCAGAAAGGCGUGGCCAUGCCACGGCUGGAGCCCUUCGGCCCCGGACAGGCGUUCAACCACAGCCACGCACGGCAGGUCCUGGUGCUGCCCUCCAGCGACGACCACAUCAUGGAGGUCAACGCCACAUGACCCUGGUGGCGAGAAGACUCCCCGUCCUCCUCUUACAGGACUGAACCGAGGCCCUGGAUGGACUCUGCUGAGCUUUUUCUCUGGGGCAGAUCGGGUCCAUGAGUCCAUGUCGAAGACCUCUGCAGGUUGCCGGUAUGGACUCCCGCCCUCCCCCAAGCAUGAACCAUUCACAUCACUGGAGACAUAAUGGACAAGACAGUGAAGAGCCAAUGACAUCUGCUGAUAACUUAAAAUGAAGAUUUUUCUUUGCCAUACUUUGUACAUAGGUCAUUGGAUGGAUUUAUAGUUAUAAAGAUAUAAAUAUAUAUAUGGACUGAUCGUUCAGAUCGGCGACUGCUGUGCUCCUUCAAACUGAAGAAUAACACUCCUGAUUGUCCCAUGAUGCACCAAAGCCCUAGAUGUGUGUACGCCUCGAUCAGCUGUUCAAGUGCUGUAACUUUGACUGAGUGUUUCCAGCUGUACGUGCUGUCACUGAGCCUGUCAGCCUGUCACCGCUUUCAUAUUUGAGAAGUCACUUAAUUAAGCUGCUGGCUUUCAUUUCAGAUAUGAUACAAGUCAAAACCAGGCAGGUUAACAAACCUGAGGAGACAGCAUAUCCACAGUCCUCACAGGAAACAUACCCACUGGUGUAUAGUGAAGAAUAAUUUAAUUCAUAAUAUCAGCCAGAUUAGCCCACAGUUAUCUUCCCUACACAUGAAAUAUGAUAAAGAUCACAAGUGGUCAACUCUAAAUUUGUCUGUUCACACCUGGAAUUAAAAAUGUGUCCUGGAUGAGUUUCCUGUGACAACUUGUGAUGGGAUCUCACUUCCUCUCUCUAAUAAUCACAACACAGCUCUGCGCGCAGCUCGAUGAAAUGAGAUUAAUAACUUUAUUUCUAUUUAUUUAAAGCAACAAUGUAGUUAGUCAGAAUCGGAUGAAAACAUCAGCACAGAUAUGAAAUCUCAAAUAUAAACCCAGUGAUGACCUGAGAGGCUCGGGCUGAAUCUAGCAGUGUGUUGUGUGUGUGUGUGUGUGAGUAUAUGUUCAGCUGUAGUUUAGUGUAUGUGUGAAGGUCUGUAUGAGUGUGUGUGUGUGUGGGUGUGUUGGUGAGAUCAGAUGAGAUAAGAUAAGAUGAGAUAAGAAUCAUCGUGCACAUUAUUGUCUAUCAGUUGUCUUAACUAUCAGUGGAUUGUUUAUAUACUGUGUGUGUAUAUUUAUUCUGUGUGAGUGGUGUUUGUGCGUUUGUUUGUGUGUGUGUGUGUCGCCAAAUCCUUGUCUGAGCUAUGCACACAUACCGUUAGCCGUCGAAUGAAUGAGUGAAAUAAGUUUUUUUUGUUUUCCUUGAUUUAUUCAUUCAUUUAUUUGAAAGGAUGAAUGUCAGCUACUUCUGCCCCCACCUCCUACACACACACACAGUGUAACUACAGCCUCGUGCUCUCGGUUUGACCACUGUACAUACUGAUCUGUAAAUAAUGAUUCAAAUCAAGAUCAUCUUUGAUUGCCAACUAUAUUAAAAAAAAUCUUGGAACUGA